AUAAUCUAUUUACAAAACCAUAUUACGUGUCAUUUUUACAUCCAAUAAUAAAAAAAACAUUUAUCGAUCAUAUUAUUCAUAUUUCUCACUUAAUUUCUUCAUUUUGAAACAAAGUGUUUCUUUGAUUAUUUUGUGUAAUUAGAAACAUGGCAUCCAUGUCUCCCUUAAACACUAUCGUUCCCAAUGUUACAACAAUUUCCAACAACACUAAAGUUUCGUUUGGAGGCUCAACAAGUUUUUCAUGUAACAAGAUUCAUAAUAAUAAUAAUGAGAAGAUUAAGAAUAGAUCUUCAUCAAUUGUUGUUUCAGCAGUUGGUGAUGUAUCUUCUGAUGGUACAGCUUUUCUUGUUGCUGGUGCUAUUGGAAUUGCUCUUGUUGGAACUGCAUUUCCUAUCAUCUUCUCUCGUAAAGACACAUGCCCUGAAUGUGAUGGAGCUGGAUUUGUUAGGAAAGGUGGUGUGACAUUGAGAGCAAAUGCAGCAAGAAAGGAUCAAACUCAAAUUGUUUGUGCUCGUUGUGAUGGUUUGGGAAAACUUAACCAAGUUGACAAAUAGAAAUCUUCAUGUUUUUUCUUUCCUUUUCCCUUUUCUAUAAUGUAAAUGUAUUUGCUUCUCUUGCAUUUCUUCCUUUGAGAUCAAACUUCAUAAUGUAAGAAGGGAAAAACACAAAUCUGAUUUUUUGCAUUAGAAAUCUGAUUUGUGUUCUUCUAUAUGUUUUUUCUUGUUUGAAAAAAAUGUUAGUUGUUAUA